CGCCUGCCGGCCCAGCCACACUUUCCCCCUUUUGUAGUCUCGCCGGUCUCCCUCUCUUAAACCUUUUCCUCACCCCUUCCUUCUUUCGUCUAAAUUUUCUCUCACUAUACAACGUUUCUCCCUCUAGAAAUAUAUUAUAGAUUGUGGGUGUGAAUUGACAAAAUUCAAAAUAAAUUCUGAAAAAUGGCGGAGUCUUCAACCUUGGCAUCGACGGCGGCAGCUGCACCGGAGGAGCAAAAAGGCGGCGAUAAUGAAGAAAUGAUGCAUAAAACUAAAGUCAUUCAAUUCUUGGGCCGAACAACUCCCAUCAUUCUUCAAAACGACAAUGGCCCCUGCCCUCUGCUUGCCAUCUGUAAUGUUCUUCUCUUAAAGAAUAACUUGAGCUUGAGUCCAGAUAUUCCAGAGGUUUCACAGGAGAAAUUGCUUUCGCUUGUUGCUGAGCGAUUAAUCGACUCAAAUUCCAAUAUCAAAGACAAAGAUGCAGGAUACGUUGAAAAUCAGCAACAAAACAUUGCUGAUGCCAUUGAUUUGCUUCCUAGACUAGCAACUGGGAUUGAUGUAAAUAUAAAAUUCAGGAGAAUUGCUGAUUUUGAAUUUACUCGGGAAUGUGCAAUAUUUGAUCUACUGGACAUUCCACUCUACCAUGGUUGGAUAGUUGAUGCCCAGGAUGUUGAUACUGCAAAUGCAAUUGGCUCCAAGUCAUAUAAUACGCUUAUGGGGGAGCUUGUUGCCCUUGAGACGCAAAAUAUGGAGACGCAACAUAAGAAAAAUUCUGAAGAAGAUUGUGUUGAUUUUGCUGCUGCGACAACUGCAACUCUUGGAGUUCCAUCUCCAUGCCUCUCAAGAGGUAGAUCAUUUGAUGAUGCUCCUAUUUCUCUUCCUGAUCACCUCAUAGGAAGAAAAGGAGACAUUGAAGAAGAACAAGAACUGAUGAGAGUCUUGAAAUUGUCAGUGUCAGAAGUGCCUACUUCAUCAGCUGAUGUUCCAUCUGCUAAUAAGCCAAAUUCAUCUAUUGUUACAGAAGCGAGUUCAGAUUUCAAGCAGUCUGGACCAGUUUCUUUAAUUGGAACAUUAGAAGAAAAUGUGUUUGAUGGAAGUAAAAUGUCUUGUCCUGAUGAAGUGACAGUUUCUAGCAAUUUUGAGACCUCAAGCAAUCACGACUUUGACCCAAGAGGUUCUGAAACAGUUUGGCAGGAUGCUGUAUGUUUGCCCUCAAAGACAGAGCCGGAGAGAUCUUGUAUCAAAUCAAUUUCAGGAGAAUCUGAAUAUAAUACUGUGGUUAAAGUUGUUGAAGAUUGUGGUAGUAAUACCUUGGUCAAUAUUGGAAGUGAAGCUAAUCAAUCUUCUUCAAGGGAUGCUUCUUCUGCCGCUGGAACUAAUGUACAUAAACCUGGAAAAGAUGAAGACAAUCAGACCUUGUCAUGUUCCAUUUAUGAAGUUGAUGAAGUAGAAAAUGAGCGAAAUGGUCGUGAAACUUUUGAUCCCUUCAGUUCAUUGACUCAUGCUCCCUGUACUGAUUCAUUAAAUGACAGAACAGAUAAUGUAGAUGAACAUCAAGUUUUUAUUUCCAAUGUUGAUACCAGUGAACCUAUUUACGAAGGUGAGGAGAGCAUAUUGGAGUCAACAGAUACAACCCAUCAAAACCGAGAACCUAUGUACGAGGGUGAGGUGGUCCUUGCAGAACAAGGAGACAGAAGUUCUAUAGAAGUUUGUGAUGCAAAGAAAGAUCAAAUUACUACUAAAGAAGGGGAACUGAUUCAGAAUUUUUUGAAGAACAGUGCUAGUCAGUUGACUAUAUAUGGCCUGUUUUGCUUGCAAGAGGGAUUAAAAGAACGUGAGCUUUGUGUUUUCUUCCGGAAUAAUCAUUUCAAUACCAUGUUCAAGUUUGAAGGGGAAUUAUAUAUUUUGGCUACAGACCAAGGUUACAUCAAUCAGCCUGAUUUGGUUUGGGAAAAGCUGAAUGAGGUAAAUGGGGACACAGUGUACAUGACUGGUAACUUCAAGGAGUUCAAGGUGGAGAAUCAUGGCAACAACUCAUGGGAUGAACAGAAUGCUAUGGCCAGUACUGCUGACUACCUAGCAAGCAUGGACAAUUCCAUGCAGGCAGAUUCAAGUUUCAAUUCCGAUUUGCAACUGGCAAUUGCCCUCCAGCAACAGGAAUUUGAGCAACAGACAUCACAGCGGCAAAAUAAUUCACAACCACCCUCUGUGGGUGGUGGUAGGUUGGUUACUGGACCUCAGGUUCCAAGGAACAGUGGGAAGUAUGCAUCUCAAUCUCAAUCUCAAUCUCAAUCUCAAUCUUCCAGGCAGCAGGAGACAAAGUCAUCCAAAGACAAGUGUGUUGUGAUGUGAAAAUUUGCUAACCGCAGACGACAAGACACUCGUAAAUAUUUUGUUUUGUAAAUACUAUAAAAACAUGUAUUGUCCUUUCAGGUCUAGCUUCUCUCUGUGUCUCUCUCUCUCUCUCUCUCUCUCUCUCCCUUUGUAAGUAAAGUACAUGACACCACAUUUUUGGUCUCGGCAAACAGAAAAUUAUUUUUUCUUUUUCUUUUUCUUUUUUUGGGGGGUGGGACCUAAGCAGAACUUCUGUAGAAUCCUAUUGGCAGAUUUACUUUAGAUUGAGAUUUAGUUAGUUUCAUCUGUUACGUA